AUGGUAUUACUACUAGUGUUGGGCCUGGCGCUGAGCCUGGCCACUGCACAGUUCAACCUGCAGAUUGCCGUGCGGAGAAACUACAACCUGGCCAGGAUCUCUGGGACCUGGCACCUUGAGUCCAUGGCCUCAGAUAACAUGACGCGCAUUGAAGACAACGGAGACCUGAGACUUUUCAUCCGGAAUAUCAAGCUCUUAAGGAAUGGCAGCCUGCAGUUUGACUUCCACUUCAUGGUGCAAGGAGAGUGUGUAGCUGUGACCAUGGUCUGUGAGAAGACUGAGAAUAAUGGGGAAUUCUCCGUUGCCUAUGAGGGGGAAAACAAGGUGCUGCUCUUGGAGACUGACUACAGAAUGUAUAUCAUCUUCUACAUGCGGAACAUCAAGAAUGGGACCGAGACCCAAGUGCUGGCACUCUAUGGGCGCAUCACACAGCUUGGCAAGACUUACCAGAAAGAAUUUGAAAACAUCUGUAAACUGUAUGGGCUGGACUCACAAAAUAUCAUCGACAUGACAAAGAAAGAUUUUUGCUUUUUAUAG